UCGGCCUUUUCUAUCCAAUCUCUAAUUUCCAGUUUACGAUCUAUCCAACCGAGGGGCAGAGUCAAAAAAAGUGUCACCAAUCGCAAUUUCCGACAGAGGUUUCUUUUUGGAAGCACAACACUCGAACAUCGCUAGAGUCAGUCCAACAGCCACCACCACUUGCUCAUGAACACAAUCAUGCUCUUCAACUUCUUUUCUAAGUUCAGAUCGAGAACCCAUGCUCGAGAGGCUGUCACCAACACCGAGCUCCAACAUCUUGUGUCAGCUUUUAGCCCCAAUUCUUCAAGGCCGAGCACGCCAACGUCCAGCGCAUAUUCAUCAACUUGUGCUACACGAGAGCGAAGGAAUGAUGCCAUAAGCGAACUCUACUUCUGGGCCGUCAACGAACUUGAGGGUCAGAUAUACGAAUAUAGACGUCCAGGGGCAUUUGUCACUACACUGUUGCCCCUCACUCAAAUUGAGGUGGAAUACAGCGUGCUCGCGGUCUCCACCACAAUAGACGCGAAGCGCUUCGCCGAGAAAUUCAUACUGAGACGGGACCUUGCUGCCCGAGGAAUAAUUCAGACUUCCCAAGAAAAAUACGACAACGACGUGGAUGCUUCGAGCGUUGAGGGCCCUAGUGUUAUCAGUAUCUAUGUCAGACUGGUCGGCACGCUCAUCUUCGGUCUUUGCAUCGUAUUGUUCGGUCUAGACAGUCCUCUGUACUGGAUGAGCAUCCUCCUCAUAUUCGGCCUCUGCAAAGUACUCGCCAUCAACGAUUUACGAGGAAGAAUCUGGUCUUGCCUCAAAUUGUCCAAGGUUUCGAAAUGGUUAGAUCUCGAUAAGAGUUCAACCGUUCGCUACAGCGCCCGGUUUAUGCAAUAUACUCAGGCUUCCUUAUUCGGCAUGUUCGACGACGAAUAUUGCCUUCUGAUCAUGGUCGGUGCGUCUAAUUUGGUCUUCUUCAUGCUGGUGCCGAGUCCGAUAUCGAGCCAAUUUGUUCUGGCGGCGCUUUCCCUCUACGCUACGUUGAGUUUGGUGAGAACGAUUGUUGGGAGGAAGAAGUCAAUAAGAGAACAAAAGCAUUCGCUAAAGGCAAAAGCUGAAGAGUUGGAAACGGACAAGAUGGUAAUGCAGAUGCAUGCAGAAGAAUACUGGGAGGACUAUUGGGAGGACUACGAGUAUUACUUUGGCAGUUCAGUGAACGAGAUGGAGGUAUGAGAGUAGCGUAUCCUGUUGAGAUGCGGAAUGUUUUUUGACGUUGUUUGAUGUGUUAAGAUGUGAGUGUAUUCGACAGACCAUAUGCUGUCUAUAUUAUUAUAGAUAUCGGC